CGGGAGAAUCGAACGAACUCAUAGCCAUCACCACGCCCAAGCGUAUCCCACUUCUUCGAACUCAUUUCACCCCACUGGCUACAAGCGCAGAUACCCACGAGCAGGCACACAUGCCGACGCAAUCCGAGACGGCUUCGAUGGCCGAGAUCUCCAGCGGGCCAGGAAACCCCCCAGCACCGCCGGUUCUACCCCUGACGGGCGAAAUUCCGCCGCCGUCCCAGUCGGACGCGCCGAAAUAUGACCCGACGGUCAAGGCAGGAUCCGCGGAGGAAAGAUGCAAAUAUACUCUCAAUCAAUUCGUCGACAGCAAACCAGGGUUGCGCGAAUUCUUCCCGGACAAAAUAUUCGCCGGUUAUGCGGCCAGAGCUGCGAGACUGGUCGACGAGAUAAUCAAGCUGAAGUGUCCCAAAGAAACGGCGCAACAGUUCGCAAUUUUGGUUCUGUAUGAUCUGGCUCUUUUGAUUGACGACAGUAGCUCCAUGUACACCGACGACGACGGCGCGCGGGUGAAAACAUUACACACACUGUUAAAAGCGGUCGCGGAGGUCUACGAGCUUGCCCGCGAAGAGGGAAUCAUGUCCGUCCGAUAUCUCAAUGGCCGACAGGGCCGGAAAAACGUCACUAAGGCCAAGGUUGACGAGGUACACAAAGCAAUUCGAUACCAUGGCCUCACCAUGAUCGGUACACAACUGCAGGAAAAGAUCUUGAAACCAUUCGUCGAGAAAAAAGUGAUGACCAAGCCUUUACUGACGAUGAUUAUAACCGACGGCGCUAUCGAGGGUGAGAGUUCGGGGGUUCUGGAGAAAAAUAUCUACAAUUGCCUUACUAGUCUACAAAGCGGCCCUAAGCCGAAGACGGAGGACGCUGUUGCGUUCAUGUUCGCAAGAAUCGGAGAUGAUCCAGGUGCUAAGGAGCUCAUAGAGAGCCUCGAUAAUCACAAGGAUAUGGACCAGUGGAUUGACUGUCUACCCGUGAACGAAAAAAUAGAAGAUGUCGGCAACGGUUCUGCCGAGCACUGGUCGGUGCUAAGAAAGCUUUUUCUCGGAGCUCUGGAUGCAGACAUUGACCGAUUCGACGUCGUACAAGCCGAAACUCCCAUAGACACCAGUGAAAAGGUGCUGAAGCUCAAAGAUCAUCAUAAAGUACGGCCCCUUGGCGAAGAGGAAGAAGAUGUGUAAAUAUUCGGUGGAAGCAAAGGACAGAUUUGGGAACCCUGUAUUCGUUGGGGGAAUACCGGGUGUGCGACUGGAUCGCCGUGGGUGCGCUAGUUCCAAACAAUACGUUUUAUUGGAGUUGUUUGUCGGUCUGCGAAAUGUAAUUUCAAGUUUCUACGAGUGAAUGUGUCUGGAAUUGAGUGCGCCGGAAGGUCUGAUGCAUGGACGUGGUUGCCCCAAAGGGCCACCAGUGCUCACUGCUCAGAGAUGGCGGAUAAAGUAGACUUAAUUAUAACCUGUCACUAUUGGAAC